AUGAAAGCCAAAGCAGAGUUACUGUCCCUUCCUCCAGAACUCCUCACUUACAUUCUGAGCUUCCUUCCUUGGCAAGAUAUCCUUCGUUGUACAUCUUUAUGCAAGGCCCUUCGCCAGACAUACAUAUCCGAGUCAUCCUCUGAGCUUCAGUACGCCAUUGAACUCGGUAGCCAACGACUACUUCCUGUUUCCAACAAUCAUAUCCCUGUUGCAAAACGCCUACAACUCCUAAGGGAAAACGCUAGUGCAUGGUUCAAAUUCGAUCUCCAUUCUUUCGGAACAAUCUCUAUACCAGAAAAAUUCUACAGGUUCACAGCAACGCAUAUCACUAAUGGGCAUGCUUGUUUCUGGAACCCAAGCAUAGAUUCUGUCAGAAUCUUUCCAAUACUACCUAAACCCUCACAAGAAACCAUCGAACGUGAUUUCUCUCCAGGUUCGCUUUGUGCUGUUUCCAACAUCAGCGACAUCGAUGUUUUCAUGGACCCAGCGCAAAAUCUACUCGCCAUCGCCUAUGCCAUCAGUGGUGAUAAUUAUCCAUAUGAUGAGGAGUCCUAUAUCGAGCUUCUUACCCUGGAUGGAGAUGGUGUCCACCCGCAAGCUGCUGGACGGACACUGUUUAUGUCCGACUUGUGGCUGCCAGGAAGACGUGAGAACUUUGUAAGAUGGUGUUCGAAACUCGAGGGUUUUGAGAAGUAUAUCGCUUUCCUUCGCUUCGCACCACUCUUUGAGCAUACAGGCUCGUCAGUCUACUCCAAGUGGUGCUUACAUAUUUGGGACUGGCAACACUCGACUUCGUCCAAUAGCAUACUCAGUGGCUCAACUACACUAGAUCUAGAUUCCGACAGGUCAAUCGAUUUUUACUUCCUCGGAAACGAUAGACUUUUGAUUAUCAGCGACAAUUUAGAGCUCUAUUCAAUUGAGGACAUGUCUCGGUCACCACAGUUGCUGGCGCGCUUCUUGUUUCCUGCAUCAGUGUUCAACCUAAAGUGCUGUACUCCGACGAGCGAUAUUGCAUGUAGCUCACACCCGAAGAUACAAGCUCAGCAAGUAACAUGGGUCUCAGACCCUAAAUAUCGAGUGCUCUCUCUUGCUUCACAUUCUUCAGGUCUCGACUUCGUUAUUUCCACCACGAUUUUCUUCGAUGGCUUUUCUGAUUCGGAAGGAAUGUCGCCAAUAAUACCGUGGAUAUGUUGGGGUCCUUCAAAUGUUCGUAUUUUUCUGUACGAUUUUCCAUGCAGACUUGGCGUCAGUGGGAAUCGAGCUUUAAAUGCAUUCCCUGCAGCUGGCGCGACAAACUCGGUUGAUCCAGAAUACAGGCUACACAUGAUGGAUUUCAGCCCAUCAGCUGUUAGGCGUCACCAGCAAGGCCUAGGAAGACUGGUUAAUGAGCCAUCUACAGUAUACAACCGUGAGUCGGGGGAAUACUUGACGACAUUCAUGCCCUAUGUCGAAGUCGUGUCGGACAGAACGUUCAGUUAUGGCGAGUUCGUUGAGAUGUGGUUCGAUCAAGACAAGAUUUAUUUGUUCAAAGAAAAUACAGACACUGAGGAAACGGAUCAGCUUGAAGUCAUCGAGUUGUAA